AAUUUCUGUUAACGCUUCGGACGCUUGGAUAUUGAGGUAUAUAAAGGCAGCAUAAUAUUUUCAAACUCGUCAGUUAUCCACUGCUCGUCACAAUGAGAUCUGCUGUCACUCUUCUUAUCGUCUGCUUAGCCGCUCUUUUGGCGCCAACAGCAUUAAGUUUCUCUAGAAAAUGUCAUAAGUGGCCGUGCUAUGGAGGUGGUGGCCAUAUGGGAGGCUAUGGAGGCGGAUCUGGAGGCGGAUUUGGAGGAGGAUUCGGUGGCGGAUCUGGAGGCGGAUUCGGUGGUGGAUUCGGCGGUGGAUAUGGAGUGGGCUUUGGAGGCGGAUUUGGCGGUGGGUAUGGUGGCGGUUUCGGCGGUGGAUUUGGCGGUGGUUCCGGUAUGAGCUGGGGAGGAGGAGGUUUUGGUGGAAGAUGCAGAUGCAGAAACCGAUGUUGGUGGGGAGAAAGGCCCAGAGGCAGAUGCCCCUGGUGUAAAUUUUGCAAGAAGGUCUGGUGCUGCAGGCACAAGUACUAGAGCGGACAGAAAGCGACUUGACGGCUCAUCGGAACAAAUUGGAAUACAACGACCGACUGUGAUUUUUGUGUAUAAUACUCCUUUUAUGAAAUAAAUUAUGGCAUUCGGAAAAAA